UUGAAGUUACAUGUACAGCACUUUGGAAUUAUGACGUCAUAGUUGCGGAAUAUGACGUCAUAAGUCACAUCUUGAAGAAAUCGACGUCUGGAAAAAUGGCAGAAAAAAAUCAAACGGAGGUGGAAAUAGAAAAGAUUGUCAAGAAAAAGAUUAUGACAUAUGAGGAGUACAUGACGAAGUACAGACGGCGGAAGUAUAGGCGACGGCGGCGAAGAGGAGGCAUUCUCUGUUGUUUUUACCUAGUCAUUGACAAAUUGAUGAACGUCAUUAACUCGAGUCCGGAGGAGUACAACAGCAUCAAGACGGUGCUGGGGUUCCCAGUGGGGGCAUUCAUCGCAUACAUGCUUUACAAGGCUGUGUUGGAGCCCCUGGCACUGCCCAAGAACCUCCAAGAGCUGCUGGGAGGUGUCCUGGGGUUGGGGAUGGCCAGUGGCUACGCCAUGUCUGUACAGGUGCGAUGUAUCACCUGGCUACUCGUGCCCACGUUCUUCGGUAAGAAGGGGAGAUCAUUCGUGGCGGCUUACGCCAUUGUAUUUCUGAUAACAGGACCUGUCCACAACAUUAUGAUCAAUGGUCAGGAGGUGACGCGGGCGUUGGUGUGUGCUACAGAGUUGGCCAUCAACCACUCAACCACUAAGAUGGACCUCAAAACCAGGCCCAUCAUGAGUGUUGCCAAGGAUUUUCAGGAACAAGGAGCCCACCUGAAGAGGGUGAUUGGUGACCUAGAAUUCGCAUAUAAACCACUCAAAAAAGAGUUCAAGGAAAACGAGUUAGAGGAAGAGGAAAUGGAGAUGAGAAUGCGAAAAGUGGACAAAGAUACCCGCGGGCGUCGAGGUAAAAACCGGAUGAAGAAGAUCGAAGAGAAAAACAACCCAGAAACCGCGCGGGACAGACCGGAGAAAAUCGAAAAGCAAUACCGGAAAAAGCUAGAGAUGAGAUGUGAAGAUAUAUGGAACCAGGCAGUGUCAAGUUGUCGGAAUAAAAUGCUUAGCCUGUGGGACGACUGUGUGGGCUACAUUCCAAUCAUAGGAUACUACCUAUGUCUGCCGCUGAGGCUGACCUUCUUCUGCCAGAUCGUCAGAGUGGUGCCAGGCGCUUUGGGGAUGGAGUGCGACUCCAUGGACGUGAUGGAGCCCGGGUUUGGGGAGACGUACGUAACAGCAGACGACACAAUGGACAACAUGGACCAAAACUUUGACGUCAACAUGCAAUACAAGAUGGUACAUACGCCAGAGGACGUUGAUUACACCAUGGCAGAGGAAAUGCGGAAGGGCGCCAUGCACGAGUUCUCCAAGCGACAGAAAUUGACCGAGUUCUUCCUGACCUUGUUAAAGAGGACGCUGGCCUUCACCUUCAUCCUCGUCUUCAUUAGCUCCUACAAGUACAACAAGAGGUAUUUGUCCGACUUUCAGUUUGACAACAUGUACAUCACACCGUACUUCCGCCAUAUUGACGCUCGGCGCAUGUAUCAGAAAAAGCGGAGACUUCUACCAUUAAAAAAGUUCGAGAGAGGCCAGUUUGUCUAUCCCAAAACAGUGAAAUUGAUGAAAUCUGAAAAGAAAAAACUGAGUAAGGGGACCUUCAUGAUCAUCAUGAGGUGCAUGGUGUCUGCUCUGAUCAUCGUAUCCGCCAAGGUCCUAUACGAGGUGAUGGACAUCAUUGAGAAAAACAGUCACGUGACCUACAGACAACAAGGGAUCCAUCACAUUGAAGUUAAGGUGGCGGGUAAGGGGUUUAUGAGUCAUAUAGUGCGUCUCUUCCUGAGGGCCUUCAACCAGAAACAUUCAGUGGACACCGUUUCCACCAACUUUGAGUGUUUACCCUACGGCACGCCUCUACCCAUCAUGCACGUCGUUCGGAUCUAUUUAGUCUACGUCCUGGUCUGGGUGUUGAUGUUAUUUCAGGCCUACGGGUUACGCCUGCGCAGAGUAAUUUGCUCAUUCUUCUACCGAAAGAGAGAGAAAAAACGCAUUUUGUUUAUGUACAACGAACUGUUAAAGAAGAGGAAAGGUUUUCUCAAGCAUCUGCGGAAAAAGGUUUUAAAGGAAGCCAAGAAAUUUCAGCUUUCGAGAGACUCCAGCAUACUGAGUGCGUUUGCGCGGACUUUCCCGCGCCUCGCCUUCCUGGUUAAGUGUUUCCAGCGCUCCAAGAAGACGUGCCUGGUCUGUGGUGACGUGGAGAAGAAGAAGAUGGUGGAGUUCGUGCCGUGCCCUACCCCGGGCUGUAACUUCUCCUACUGUCCUGAGUGCUGGGUCGACUGCAGGAACCAGUGUUAUGCUUGCAUGCCUUUCGCUAAACGAGAUUACAGUGAUAGCGAGACUUCUGAUGAUGGAAGCACAGAUGAUGAUGAUAAAUAACAGGAUGAUGAUGAUGAUGAUGAUGAUGAUGACCACGUUAUAUUAUGACGUAUAUUAUGACUUGUACAUGAGAAUUUAUGAUCAUGAUAUUCUUGUUUUAGAAAAAAAGGGGAUAUGCAAUUUUAAGUUUUGAUAGACUUUUUUUCUGUUUUAGCUAGUUCCUAUUGUUUAAGUAUUGUUGUAUUCUAUAGAGAAAUGUAUUCUUUCACUUUUCUGUUGUUUUGUUUUGAAUUGUCUUGCGAUAAGUUUGGAGUUUGCCGGAGGUAGACAUUUAUAGAUCUAUUUUUAUGUUUGAUUUGCAUGAUAUAUCAGUGUUAUAAUGAAAACGAAAUAACUCUCAUAUUGGUAGAAAAUAUAUACAUGAAUUGUUAUGCGGGACAAGUAACUAUUGCAAAUAUUAAAACAUGUAUAUAUCUCAUCAACAAAAUUCAUUUUCAAAUAUC